AUGCCUCUUGUCAACACCACCGAAGUCAACGAGGAUACUCGAGUCCUCGGUUACGAUCCCUUACUCUCUCCUCAGUUCCUUCAGUCCGAGAUCCCAUCUCCCGCUCAUGCCAUCGCAACCGUCCGAUCUGGCCGCGCCCAGGCCAUUGAGAUCAUCGAGCAGCGUGAUGACCGUCUCCUAGUGAUUGUCGGCCCAUGCUCCAUUCAUGACCCCGAGACAGCACUCGAAUAUGCCAACCGUCUCAAGAAACUUUCCGAGCGCCUUUCCUCCGACUUGUGCGUCAUCAUGCGCGCCUACCUCGAGAAGCCCCGUACAACUGUUGGAUGGAAGGGUCUGAUCAACGACCCUGAUAUCGACGAGUCCUACAACAUCAACAAGGGUCUUCGCGUUUCCCGUAAACUCUACGCCGACCUCACAGGCAUGGGAAUGCCAAUUGCUAGUGAAAUGCUUGAUACCAUUUCCCCGCAGUACCUCGCCGAUCUGAUUUCUCUGGGUGCCAUCGGUGCCCGAACCACCGAGUCACAAUUGCACCGUGAGCUCGCCUCCGGUCUCAGUUUCCCCAUUGGCUACAAGAACGGCACGGACGGUAACCUCACUGUCGCCAUUGACGCCAUCGGCGCGGCAGCUCACCCCCACCGCUUCCUCGGUGUGACCAAGCAGGGUCUCGCAGCCAUCACCAAGACAUCCGGUAACGAGCACGGCUUCGUCAUUCUUCGUGGAGGAAACAGGGGCACAAACUACGACCGCGAAAGUAUCCAGGGUGCUCGCGACGCUUUGCGCGGAAAGAAGCAGCGUGAAGUCGUCAUGGUUGACUGCUCGCAUGGAAACUCUAAGAAGAACCACCGCAACCAGCCCCUUGUCGCUAAGGAGGUCGGUGAUCAGCUCCGCGAGGGCCAAGAUGCCAUCAUCGGUGUCAUGAUUGAAUCCAACAUCAACGAGGGCAACCAGAAGGUUCCGGCCGAAGGCCCCUCAGGACUCGCCAAGGGUGUCAGCAUCACGGAUGCCUGCAUCGACUGGGAGACCACCGUCACUGUCUUGGAAGACCUCGCCGAGGCAGUCCGCGCCAGACGCGAAGUAAACAAGUCAAAGAGCGCCAAUGGAACCUCUGCUCAAUAA